UCGUAGCCUAUUAAAAAUAAGAACCAAAAUCCAUAGUGGAACUAUUUCAGGAGCAGUUAGCACCUCUAUCUACUCGUAGUUUAGAAGUUGAAGCAUUAAUGUUGGAUUUGUUCUGAAAGGGAACCACUACAACUCAGCAUUUUAUAUGGUAGGCUACUUUCUCAACAAAUAUAUCAACCAUAGCCAGGCGGAGAAAUACAUUUUAAAGUAUGUUUUUUCUUUGUGAGAAAGGCAAGAGGCGGAUUUUCAGUAGGCCUACUACCAAAACUAGAUACUGAAAAAAACGGAACUAGUUUUUAUUUCCUAUUCCGUUUUAUUGAAAAACGCAUUGGACGAGGAAUAAACUAGAAACCUCAUAAAUUAAUAUUUAUACUUUUGUGUGGGAGAGAGAGAAAAGUGSCACAAUUGGACAUUGAGUAUUUCACUAUGGAAGAAAAUUAUAAUGGCAAUAGAGAGCAUCAAGAUUCGGGCGAAGAGUCCAACAGAGCUAUUCUUCCUCUUCUCCAAGCACCUGGGAACCAGCAACCGCACCGGAUCACCAACUUUUAUAUUGAUAAUAUUUUACGACCAGACUUUGGACGGAGGAAAGAUGGGACUUUUAAUUAUGAUGAGAAUCACCUCAAUGGACGAGAGAAUAGUCCUGGCCUUCCCCCAAAAUCUGGGCAGUUCGGUGGGACGGUGUCAGGGGAAGGAACAUCGAAUUCUCGUUCAGUCAGUGAGCCAAAAAAAGCAGAUAUUGUUGCAGAUACGCUUCUCAAGCCCGGAGGAGAAAUUGGAGAUCAGUGCCUGAGCUCCGACUCGGAAAGUUCUCAUGCCAAUUCUGCACCUUCUUCGAAACCUAUGCUCUGGCCAGCCUGGGUGUAUUGUACAAGAUAUUCGGACCGACCAUCAUCAGGGCCAAGAUCUCGAAAACCAAAGAAGUCGACCACGACAACGACACCAAGCAAGGAUGACAAGCGCCCAAGAACUGCCUUCACAGCAGAACAGCUCCAGAGACUAAAAACGGAGUUUCAGACUAAUCGGUACCUGACCGAACAGAGAAGACAAAGUCUGGCACAAGAACUCGGCCUCAACGAAUCUCAAAUUAAAAUCUGGUUUCAAAACAAGAGGGCCAAAAUAAAGAAGGCUACUGGAAAUAAAAACUCUUUAGCCUUGCACCUGAUGGCACAAGGACUAUACAAUCAUGCCACAUCAUCUAAGGAUGAAAAAUCAGACAGCGAUUGAAGAAAAAUAAACAAUGCAAUAAAUAACUUUAAAGGGCCAGUGUACAUAAUACCAGCAGAUAUUUAAACAUGAAUGAGGCAGGAUUUUGCAAUAUUCUGUAGCCUAUAUACAGUAUAUAGGGACUAAACCAUUUUGUGUUAUAACACUUGCCAUGUACUCCCUGGAACUUUAGAAUGCUUCAUCUUCAUUAAAGUUUGUUUGGUUUU